GUUUUUACGUUCUCAGUUCACCAUACCCUCUCCCUCUCUCUCUCCCUCCCCCCGGUCUAUGGCGACACGCAAAAUUCGAUUCACAAUUUCCUGAAUCAAACAAAACCCAUUUUUCUAUACCCUUUUUCAGCUAAACCCUAUACACGGAAAUGGAUGAAAAGAUCGACAAACAAGGAUGGAAGCAUCAAAUCGCUUGCAGAACACGUUUCAAGGACUUGUAUAAAGCAAUAGAUUUGCCACGCAUGAUUCUUCAGAUUGUUGCUGCUACAGAUGGAGAUGCUAUUAUUGUUAGUGUGAGGCAUCCCAGAGCCACAAUAGGAAGGUUCAGUUUCGGGAUGAACAUACAUUUACUUGUUGGAUUCUUUUUCUUUGCUUCAGAGAUAUUUUACAUUUUGAUCCUCAAUGAGCACUUGGACCCAGAGAAUAGGACAUUACUGAUUCUCUUUCUCAUUUCUGGGUACAUGAUGUAUUUUCUUAUGCUUGAGUUGUCCCUUAGAAUUCCCAGGAGACUGCCACAACAUGAACGGAGACGGGCACAUCUAAUUGGAUGGCUUCAGGAAGGCCUGAUGAUUCUUGUACUUGUUCCCAUUGUGUGUUGGAUGCUUCAGGAACCAGUGGUAACAUUGAUGCCUACUCCUACAUAAUUAUGGUAAACUUUUUGCUAGGUUAUUUUCCUUUAUUUAAUAAAAGACUUUUAGUCUCAUAGACUGUUCAAGCUUGCAUUAUGAUAUAGUUUGUACUAUUAUGCAUGCCCCCAAGUUUCUUCAUCUAAAUGAUUACUCUUUUGCCUUCACAUUGGAUGUAAAUAUGAAGUUUUUAAUUUAAUACCUCCCUCAAGACUGAUUUUGUAAUUGUCUGUACCUUAGUAUUCUCAAGAUCUAAAAAGAAGCUAAAAAUUGUGUCCAAAUUCGAGCUAUUUUUUAUUUUUUCUCCUAACAUGUUCAUCCUUGCAUCUAAAAAUGUUCAUCGUAGGUAGUUCAAUAUGAUGUCCAUCAAUUUCUGAGUUACAGGGUUAUUGAGAUUGCAAAAAUUAGAGACAAAGUGCUUUUGUUCAAGGUAAUCCAAGUUUCGACUUUGGAGUAUUGGUUUCACUAGCAAUUAAUAUGAGUUGGUCAUUAAAUGUAUAGAAGAGGUGUAUAUUUUUUCUUUAUUGGUCAGUAGCAGGACAACUGUGAAUUCUUAUCAAAUGCGGUCCAGAGCUUUGAGAAAGUGAAGGAUCUGCUCAAUGGUGGUACCCUUCAUAACUGUGAUAUACUAUAUUUGCUGUUAUUCUGUCCAGUUACGGUCUUUCUGUGGUAUUUCUCAAUAAGGAUUCCGUUGUCCUUGGAUGAAUCAAAAUCAUGUAAUUAUGUUUUCAAACUGAAUCAAUAACUUACUAUUAAGGGAGUGUUCUCAACAUAGUUCCUAUCAGAAAGGGAAAAUUCCACAUCUUAGAGAGCAGUUUCUAUUAACAAAUUCCUUGUUUUUCUGAUUAUAUAUGCAUAUGCAUAUGCAUGUGCAUGUUUCUGUAUAUUACGUAUGAAUGUACAAUAAUUUGAUUUGCUAGAUGCCACUGCUUUCUCAGCCUCGAAACUCUACUGGGAUUCCUUCUCUUCCUUAGGUAAUUGCCUGCAGAAAAAUGAUACACUAGGCAAUGAUGUUUGACAUUAUACCUGUCAUGUAAGGAAGCUAUGGCAUUGAAUGCAAAUGAUAAAACCAAUGGCGUGCUCCUGUAUGGCAGUUUGGCAUGCGCCUUCGUACAAAGUGGCAGCAACUUUUGCAUUGUAAUAGUUCUGUUAUCAGUUUGGCAAAUGAGGCUAAACAAAUAGAAAAAGAACGAGAGAAUGAUUGAAGGAAAAGGAGGCAUAUGUUUGCUAGUGUGUCAAUAAACUGUUCAUGAUCUUUUAAUUCAACGAAAAUUUUAAGGUUUUGUUCGUUGUUGAAAUUAGAUAGGGUGCUAUUUUUCAUUUUGGCUUCCCAUUUUAUUGGUUACUUAUGGUUUUAGCAACAGCUUGAGAUUCAGCCAUUUUUGCAGCAGUUUUGAGAUUCACCCAACAACUCUCCCAUCAUCAGCUCCACCUCACCUUUGCUGGAUUUUUAUUGUGUAGGUGAGUAGGAUUCGCAGAAAUCUUUAUAAAACCAAUGAGCUUUAGUUGGAUGAUACCUAACUCGACUGUAGGAUUGUGAAACCUUCUAUUCGAGUACAAGUU